CCAGCUGUAACAUCACCAACAGCCUGCUAGGGACGUGCGUGCUUCGCGGUGGGAGCCGAGCAGGCCAGGCAGACUGCCAGAAUGCCGGAAUACCAUGGCUACCAAGAUGGUCAGAGGUGGACAAUCCGGUGGGUAUUUGGGGGGCAGUAUCCUGCGGCCUCGAUGGUGGCCAAUUCGAAAAAAGAUGUUUCUCACAGGCUUUCUUCUUUCUUUCGUCUGGGUUUCCAAGGCCAGAAGACGCGAUAGAUGG